CGCUCCGCGACGCCCCCGGAGUCUCUGCUCCGCCUCCCGGCGUCGGCGUGGACCGGGACCCGUGCUCCCCAGGGCGGCCAGGACUCCCCAGCGAGCUGGCGGCUGGGGACGCCGAGCUGCUCAAGAUGAGGAGGGGAGCGGGGCUCGGGCGGAGCGGCCUCGUCCCGUGGGUCUGAGCGUCCACCCCCGCCGCCGGGACUCCGGCCCCCCUGGGCUUCGGCUAUGAGCGCUCGGUGACCGGCGGCGCCGCGAGUCGUAGACCCGGGACUUCGGGAGGCAGUGCUGGCUCGGCUUUGAGUGGCCUCGGGACAGUGAAGAAACCCUAAAAUGGAGAACUUUUCCACCAGGACCUACGGCACCAGUGGCCUCGACAACAGACCUCUGUUCGGAGAGACGUCGGCCAAGGAUCGAAUCAUCAAUUUAGUUGUUGGCAGCUUAACAUCCUUGUUGAUUCUAGUAACGCUGAUCAGUGCUUUUGUUUUUCCUCAACUACCUCCAAAACCGCUGAAUAUAUUUUUUGCUGUCUGCAUCUCUUUGAGUAGUAUUACUGCCUGCAUACUUGUUGAUUCUAAAUUUAUAAUGGAAGAGCAAAGGGCCAAGAACAGCCAAGACACUCAGGAAGAGACCUGCCCCGUCAGAUAUUGGGACUUCUGAAGACCGAGUUGUACUGGUGCAGGCAGAAACUGGAUCUCUACUUUCAAGAAGAUAUGAAACCCAUCUCACUUCGAAAACAGAGAAACUUUCCAUGAACAAUCAAAGCACAAUGAGGAGAAAAGCCAUGCUUCUACUGUCACCUACUUUAUUUUUAUAUUUGGUGGUAAUGAAUAUUUUGUAUUUAUAAAAAUGUUGUUUUUUAAAACCAUAGGCAAAAGCUAGAAAUCACUGGAACAAACAUGAAAAGUUUUAUAACCCUGUAUUUACGCAUCAUAUACAUUUUAGAUCUUUUUCUUUUAAAGAUUAAGAGGAUUUUAUAAAGCUGAGAAUUGAGACAGACUAGACAGAUGAUAUCCAAGGCCUCUUAUAUUAUGAAGAUCACAAUUCUGUAAGAUUUGACACAGGAGUUAUUCAUCAAGGGCAAUACAGAGACCUACCAAAAGACCUUGAUACAUAUAAUACCUACUUUUAAGAAAUGUAAUGCAGAAAAUAUCCUGAGAUGAUCUCUUAUAUUAAUUAGUUCGUUAAAAGAAUAAAAUCACCGUUUCCAAAGUGAGUCUAAAUAUACAGCAAAGCCCACUCUAUGAAUCUCACAA